AUGGCGGGCCUUCACUUGAAAAUGACGAUCGUAGGGCUGACUUUGAUACAGGUCUUAUUCUGCGAGAGUGCCCACGCCUUAUCCCACCAGCAACACGUUCGGCUUCACCCCGCGCACCCAGGCCCGGAAAUUGUUGGCCAGCUGAACGUCCGCUCCUUGCUACUCGACCGACGUGAUCUCACCUGCGUCACGGAAACGGCGAAUUUCACCGUUACAGUCAAAGUUACGAGAGGGGCGCAGCAAACUUCAGCAUCAGCCUCUGGGACCAUCGACGAUAUCUCAGCUAUUACCACCGCAGAUCCCACAGGAACAGUGAUAAUUUUACCCUCCUUGACUGACAAGAUUCCUCAGACAACCGGAUUCAUUCCUAGUAGUCUGGACACCUCUGGCAAGGCAACAUCUUGCCCUCUUAUGUCAAAUAGUAUUCCGGUUCCUACCAGCUUGAUCGACUCAACAUCGCCAGUCACAACAGUUGCGCCAAUCCCAUCUGCGACAAUGCCAUCUGGAAAUAUCUUUGCAGAGCCCAUCGCCACGAUGGCGCCUCCUGGCUCUAUUCCAGCUCGCAGCGACCAUCCCGUUCCGAGGAAGGGCAUCACGUCGACUUCACCGCUCCAGACAAACAAGUUCUUCUCCAACUUCUUCUUGGGGGACCAGACUGCGCCGACCUACACCUACCCUUACAGCAUAGCAUGGGGAGCAGGACGAGGGGCCGCUGCGAGCUUCGGUAUGACCAUUUCCCACGUCGAGGCGAAUCAGCGUGUCUUUGGGCCUAAUAAGCCUUCUGGUGCUGCGGCCUACUUUAUCAACCCGGUAGGUAUUCAAUCAAUGGUCAUCAGCGCCCAGGAGCUUGGUUCAGACACCACCGUUGGAGUCGACAACAUCACGGCCUUCUCUGCAACGGUUCACUUGAAGCCAAACGCCCAAGCUGUGCCUGCUGUAUCAUUUCCCCUCGUUCAAGGGAUGCCCUUCGUCACAGCCCGGUACGCAGGCGCGACCCCGGUUAUCAAAACGGGAGUGUUCUUCAAGACAGUCACACGAGUAACCCAGGAUCCAAAGCCCGGCGUUGCCAAGUACAAUUUUCAGCUUGAAGAUGGCAAGAUCUGGCGGCUGUAUGCCUAUGCAACCACUGGAUCCCAGCUGAACUUGCAGGUUGUCAACAAUGGACUUGCCCAGUCGACGCAGCCAUUCUAUGGUAUCAUUCAAGUUGCCAAGGACCCGGGAAACGGCGAGGCCUUGCUUGACCAGGCUGCUGGUGUUUAUCCGACGACGAUCGAGCUGGCUGGCUCCGUGAGCGGUAAUACAGGCUCGUACAGCUUCAACUUCUCCAAAGAGGGCCAUCCCGGGGGAAAGCUGGUCAUGUUCGCGCUGCCUCACCACGUCUCCUCAUUUGAUCCCACGACAAGAAACGCCGUUCAGCCGGUACAGAUGAUGACCCCUACCAAGGGUAUCGCGACUGCGGUCUUGGCUGAUCAGUGGACAAUGACCGAAGCAAACAUGCCCAUUGACAUGCACUUUGCCCCCUGGAGUCCUGGUAGAGGUAGUUUGACUAUGCUGUCUGACAAUGCGCGGGCCGUGAUCCGCGGGAUAGCAGCCCAGGAGGUGUCCCAAGAUAUGAUGGCCCAGUCCGACUUGGACUCCAUGUAUUUUAGCGGAAAGGCUCUUGCCAAGUUUGCCUUGCUGAUUGUCGUGAUUAAUGACAUUCUGCAAGACCCGGCCUUAGCACAGUCGGGUCUGAAUAGACUCAAGGCGGCUUUUGCAAAGUUUGCUUCUAACCAGCAGAAGUUUCCAUUAGUAUAUGAGAGUGCCUGGGGAGGUGUCGUGUCUUCGGCAACCUACGUCACAGGCAACGACGGCGCUGAUUUUGGCAACACGCAAUACAACGACCACCACUUCCACUACGGUUAUCACAUCCUGGCCGCGGCCGCCAUUGCUCACCUGGACCCGGGCUGGUUGAACAAUAACAGGGACUAUGUGAACACACUGGUACGAGAUGUCGCCAAUCCCAGCACAAAGGACACAUACUUCCCUACGUGGCGAGCCUUCGACUGGUACCAUGGCCACAGCUGGGCGCAUGGGCUAUACGCUUCGUACGAUGGAAAGGACCAAGAGUCAAGCUCGGAGGAUAUGAUGCACGCAUACGCGCUCAAGAUGUGGGGAGACGCCUCGGGAGACGGUAUGCUCUCGAUGAGAAGCAACCUGCAGCUCUCAAUCAUCGCACGCGCACUCCAGCAUUACUACCUCUACAAGAGCGACAACGUCGUGCAGCCGCCCCAGUUUAUUGGAAACAAGGUGGCCGGUAUCCUCUUCGAGAACAAGAUCGACCACACAACCUAUUUUGGCGCUAAUAUCGAGUUCAUCCAGGGCAUCCAUAUGAUCCCCCUCCUCGCACCCUCGCCCUUUGUCCGCACACCCGACUUUGUGCGCGAGGAGUGGGACGUGUACUUUAGCGGAGGCCGCGUGGACAGCAUUGCGGGCGGCUGGAGGGGCAUCAUAUACGGAAACCUGGCGACCAUUGAUGGCAGGACCGCGUGGGACUUUUUUAACAGUACCAACUUCGAUCCCGGCUGGAUCGACGGCGGUGCGAGCUUGACGUGGUACUUGACGUACGCUGCUUUGAUGGGCAACAUCUGA